CACCUAAUGGACUUUGUAUGUAAUAUCAUUAUCUUAGAGGGCAAUUUCAUUACAAGCGUACUUACGGACAAACAGUUAGCAGUAGGUAGUUUAGGAAUAGGAAAAUGUUGAAACUCGCUGUAGCUUCGGCCCUUCUAGGGCUCUGUUUAGCAUCACUGCAAAAUGUGGAGAGGGUAACACAAAACUACGAUGAUGAAGUGAACAACAAGAUUGUUCUACAGAUACAGUAUGAACUCAAGGCCAGUUACAUGUACCAGGCUUACAGUCAUUAUUUCGGACGGGCUGAUGUAGCAUUGCCAGGGUUCGCUAAAUGGUUCGAGAAAGCAUCAUUGGAAGAACGCCAGCACGCUACUGGACUGAUUGAGUACAUAAACAAACGUGGUGGUACCGUCUCUCUCAACAAUCUUAACUUUAACAAUAUGUGCACAACCGUCUCACAAGAACUUUCAAAAAUGAAAGAAUUCGAAAGGGGACAUGCAUGUAUUUGCACUUUUAUGUCAAGUCAGAAGGAGAUAUCGCCAAGCGAAAAGUCACUCCCACCUUGUCCAGCACGCAGCACAUGGCAAAAUGGUUUAUGGGCAAUGCAAGACACAUUGGCCCUGGAAAGAUUUGUGAAUGAUGAGCUAUUGAAACUUCAUACAACAGCAGGUGUGAAGAAAGAUCCUCAUCUGUCACAUAUUCUGGAGCAUGAUUACCUUGACGAGCAGGUAAACAGUAUUAGUCAAGUCGCUAAUUACAUCCGACAACUUGAACGUGUUGGAGACGAUGGUCUCGGUGAAUAUCUCUUCGAUAAAAGUUUGGAAUAAAUUUGUAACUGACUUUCUUAUUUUUGACUGAAAAUUACGAAAGAAAUACAAAAGAGACAACAGAACAACGUCACGUGAUGAAAUAAAACAAAAUGUUAAAACGUAUAUUUCUGUGACAUUUUGCUUGCCUUGAAUGUGAAUAUCAGCUCAAAUCUGUAAAAUGCGUUGUUUUUUACAAUAAAAAUUAUUGAUAUAUAA